AUCCUGCCUCUCCAGGGGCUGUCCCGCCUGGCGCUUGGAUCGUCACCACAGGCCAUGGAGAAGAGCAGCAGCCCCCAGACCCGAUAAACCCGCCGGCGGACUGGUGUUCCGGACCAUGGACUCACUGAGACACCCUGAGGUGUGAAAAUGUCGAGCAGGAACAGGGAGCUGGUGACGGACUUUAUUUCCUACAAGCUGUCUCAGAGGGGCUACAGCUUGAGCGAAGUGGAGGGGGACGGAGAGGACAGGACAGAGCUGGCUGGAGAGAUGGGCAGCAUCCCCAACGGGAGCCCGUCGUGGCACCCCGGCGCCAGCCCGGUCGUCAACGGCGCCACCGGGCACCCGAGCGUCCUCGAAGGCCCGGAAGGCAGUCCCGGGUUGGACGUGAGGCAAACGCUGCGGGAAGCCGGCGACGAAUUUGAACUGAGGUACCGCCGGGCUUUCAGCGACCUCACCUCCCAGCUCCACAUCACCCCCGGCACGGCAUACCAGAGUUUCGAGCAGGUGGUGAACGAACUCUUCCGGGACGGGGUGAACUGGGGGCGGAUAGUGGCUUUUUUCUCCUUCGGAGGCACAGGGCCCUCCGAAGGAGAAAAAAGCCACUAUCCGCCCCCAGCUUCACCCCGUCCCGGAAGAGUUCGUUCACCACCUGCUCGAAACUCUGGUAUGCGUGCGCGAGGGUGA